AUGAAUCAAGAAAAGCCACAGCUGGCACUGCUGAUCAGCAGUGUGCUGCUUCUGGCGAUCUGCGCGUCGGGGAUCGUCGGCAACGUGAUGGUGGUCCUGGCGGUGCUCACGACCAAACACAUGAGGACUCCGACCAACUGCUACCUGGUGAGUCUGGCGGUGGCCGAUCUGAUGGUGCUGACCGCAGCCGGCUUGCCGGCGUUCACCGACAGCAUCUUCGGGUCGUGGGUGUUCGGCUACUACGGCUGCCUCGGCAUCACCUACUUCCAGUACCUCGGGAUCAACGCGUCCUCGUGCUCCAUCACCGCGUUCACCAUAGAGAGGUACAUCGCCAUCUGUCACCCGAUCAAAGCGCAGUUCCUGUGCACGCUGUCCCGGGCCAAAAAGAUCAUUCUGGUGGUGUGGGCGUUCACGUCUCUGUACUGCGUGAUGUGGUUCUACCUGUCGGACCUCCAGCAGCUGGUGUAUGACAACGUCACCAUCAUCGCGUGCGGGUACAGGGUCCCCAGGAAGUUAUACGUGCCGGUUUACUUCUUUGACUUCGCCGUCUUCUUCGUGGUUCCGCUGCUGCUCUCCGCGGUCCUGUACGGACUCAUCGGCCGGAUCCUCUUCCUCAACCCGCUGCCCUCCGACCCCAAGGACAAGAAGAAGAAGAAGAAGAAGACGAAGAAGAACGCGCCGAGCAACGGCGCCAACGACACGAGGAACAGCUGCAGGAACUCGCGUCACUCCAGGUCCACGGCGACCUCGCGCCGACAGGUGGGUGCCACGUGCGUCCGUCUUAAAACAAGGGAAUCAAAGACGAGUACAAAUAUGAGGACCAUUUUUUUAACUUAAAAAUGAAGGUUUAAAAAAUAUAUGAAGAUUAUCAGAGAAUAAAUGCUGUUCACACAUGACACCAAUACCGCUCCAAUGCCUAUGCAGCACUGUAAAAGAGCCCACUUCCCUUUAAUUAUGUAAAAAAGAUUUGCAUUCUGCAUCUACAGCAAAUCAGAAAAAUUAAACCUAUGUAUAAUUGCUUUGGUGUUUUUGAUACAGAUAUGAUGAUUGCUGGGUAUGUGUGUUGAUGACGUUCCAAUUGAGUCAUUAUCCAAAUCUGCAAAGACUGACAAAGGAACAAGCUGGGCACUGAGCAGUCCUGCCCAAACGCGUGCGAUGAAUAAAACCAAAUGGUGACCCGUCAACCUCAUAUGGAUCCGUCACUUCACUUCCCGGCUGUCGUUCCUGCUUUAUAAUUGGCUCACUUGCCAUCUUGCUAGACUCAUUUGUGUCCGUCCAGAGAGCCCCUAAUGAGCUAAAUGGAGACAAACAGGAUGAAGGUUCGAGUUUGAUUAUAUUGAGAAUGGUAGACCAAAAUGUUUCCCUUCUCAUUAGUUGCCAUCAAGCGUAGCCUCAAAGCCAGCCGGGCCCAAGCAACUACAAAGACGAACGAGUGAACUUAUCAUGAAUCAGUUUACUGCUAUCAAACAUAUGUGAGGUAUAUAAGCCUCUCAGAGUACAACGGGUAAUAAGGGUUAAGUACUGACACGAUCAAGAGUGGGGGGGGUCUUUGUUAAAGGAUAUUAUGUCUUUUGAAUCAUAACACUUGUAGUUUGGGUGAACUCACCCUUUAACCCUCACGUUGUCCUCGGGUCUCUCUGACCCUCGGCAACAUUCACACAAGAGAGGCCUGCGCUGUUCGGGUCAAAACGACCCGACGAGGUCUCGCGAGAUGACGGCUAGCUACGCGUCACCAUCAGAAGGGCCGGGACCGUCGUCUCGUCUCCGUCAUUCGGGUCAGAACGACCCGGCGAGAUGUCGCGAGAUGACGGCUCGCUACGAGUCGGCAUCGCUCGGGUCUAAUCGGCUCGCUCCGGCGAGCGCCUCAGCCCAGACGACGGCGUCGGGUCACACUGACCCUCGCCUCGGC